GGAAAAUUUUAUUUAGCUUUAGAGUUCGCUUUCUCCUCCUCCGAUCCAACUUAUUGAUAACUUCUGUCUUUCUUUCAAUUUCCGAUUCAGAUUUAAGUCCUCGAACCUCAAUCUCCCUCUCCCUCUCUCUGUCCUUUUCCCUCUCUCUCUUUCUCUCUCUCUCUUCCUCUCUCUCUGAAUCUGUGAUACCAUCUGCUUUCACUUUGAAAACGCAUGCCACAUUGCUAUGAAACCUACGUUCUUGUGACAAAAAUUCAAUCUUUAUGGGCGUUUUCCACCGCUGCAGAAACCCCAACUUACUCCCUGAUCUCUAUGCUUCCGGUUGUGGGCAUCGAUUGUUUCUGGGGGAUGUGGGGUUUGAUCAUGGAAUGCUAAUACUCCAUGGCGUCCCAAAACCCCAAUAAUGCACCACAAAGUCCCCUGACCGCUCAGAUCUGAAGAACCCCAAACAGCUAAUCGCAUGUUCUCAGCAGUUGUUCAGCCACAAUGCUGAAGCAAUUCCUCAGCAAGCUUCCCCGAAGAGCCGCCAAAGUCGACUCGUCUGACUCGGCCCAUUCUCCUGAUGCUGCCCACAAGUCCAAUGGCAGGAGCCCUGCUUCCGCGUCUCGAUCGACCGGCCCGAAACGUGCCUCAGCUGCGGUCUUCCCCGCGAGCGUGAUCGGAGGGAUCGAGCCUCUCAUGCCCUUCAAGGACGUGUCCAUCUCCGAGGAGAUGAGCCUUUUUGUGAGUAAGCUCAGCCUCUGCUGUGUCACCUUCGAUUUCACCGACCCGACUAAGAACACGAUGGAGAAGGACGUGAAAAGGCAAAUCUUGAUCGAGCUCGCGGAUUUCGUCUCCUCCGGGUCUGUUAGGUUUACGGAGCCGGCCAUUUUGGCGAUGUGUAGGAUGUGUGCAGUUAACCUCUUUAGGGUGUUUCCGCCUAAAUCCCGGCCCAAAUUGGCGGCCGCGAGCAGCGGUGAGAACGAUAAUGAAGACGACCCUGUGUUUUAUCCCGCGUGGUCGCAUUUACAGCUUGUGUAUGAAAUCCUGCUCAAGUUCGUUACUUCCUCUUGCCUGGAUGCGAAAAUCGCGAAAAAGUACAUAGAACAUUCCUUCAUAUUGAGGCUUUUAGAUUUGUUCGAUUCCGAUGAUCCGAGAGAAAGGGAGUGCCUGAAGACCAUAUUGCAUAGGAUCUAUGGAAAGUUCAUGGUCCACCGGCCGUUUAUUCGUAAGGCUAUAAGCAAUAUAUUCUAUAGGUUUGUGUUUGAGACGGAGAAGCAUAAUGGAAUAGCUGAGUUGUUGGAGAUUUUUGGGAGCGUGAUCAGUGGGUUCACGCUUCCCUUGAAAGAGGAGCACAGGAUUUUCUUGUCUCGGGUCCUGAUCCCGCUCCACAAGCCAAAGUCUUUAGGGGUAUACUUUCAGCAGCUCUCUUACUGUGUGACACAGUUCAUAGAUAAGGACCCGAGGCUAACAAGUGUUGUGGUUGGUGGGAUUUUGAAGUAUUGGCCGGUUACGAAUAGUCAGAAGGAGGUGAUGUUCUUGGGCGAGAUUGAGGAGAUUUUGGAGAAUAUCAACAUGGCGGAGUUCCAGAUGAUUAUGGUCCCGCUGUUUUGGAGGAUUGGGUGCUGCAUCAACAGUUUGCACUUCCAGGUGGCGGAGCGGGCCUUGUUUCUGUGGAACAACGAGCAAAUCGUGGGGCUUGUAGCCUACAACCGCCACGAGAUAGUGCCAAUCGUGCUCCCAGCCCUUGAGAGGAAUGCGCAUGACCACUGGAACCAGUCGGUCCUAAACCUAUCACUUAGUGUAAGGAAAAUGCUGUUGGAUAUGGAUGAGGUGCUGUUCCUCUCCUGCCUUGCCCACUCCCAGGAAGAGCAGGAAAGGAUGAGGCGGGAGGCUGAGAGGAGGAAUGAGGCAUGGGCCCGAGUGGAGUCAGCUGCAACACGGCAGCCUCUCGUUGGGAACAUUGCAGUGUUGGUGACCCCUUUGGCUGCCUCUAUAUCCUGCUAACGAACCGAGUUAAAUUAUUCAUGCGGGUGAUAUCUUUAUAGUGCCCUUUUUUGUUUGGAUUUGGCACCCGUCUGUCUUAGAGUACUAGAGGGGGAGUGAGCAGUAGUAAUGAGCUGGGGCAAUCUCGACCACUAGAUAUCCGGGGGCUUGCGUUGGACCUGCUAGUUCUGACGAUUGAUAUUGGCGGUGUCGAUUAAAAAAAAGCGGGUUGGUUUUUUGGGGCCAGAUUUCUUUUUUCUUCCGGAAAGGGCCUCUUCUGAUUGUUGUAAUAUCUUUUGUCCCUGUUGAUCUGUGAUCCCUGCUACUAUGUGGAUGGUUGGGCAACGCCUGUUGAAGCUCCCAAAAUAAAA